AUGAAAGCAUCCCCCGGCCCCAUCUUCCGUCCUAAGUCAACAUCCUGGACAUCCUGGACACCCCUGGAGGAGCGCCAGUAUGGCUCACCUCCUCCUGGCGCGACCACACACGAGAAGCACAUGGAGCAGGCUGCCUGGAUGGUCGGAUGGAUGGGCAUGUGGAUGCGGAUUUGUUUGUUUGCCAGCGAGCUGAGCACAAUGAAGCCCGCCGUGCUGCUCUGCCUGAUCCUCACCAGCGCCCUGUUCCUGGGCCAAGGUCGGGGGAAUCCCGUCGACGUGGAGGUUCCCAGUCCCGAAAUCAACGCUGUGGACACCGUCUUCGACGAGGAGGAUGCCACCGAUAAGCCACUGGGCAUUGUGUCCAUCAAGGUGCGCCACCUCCAGCCGGAUCCGGAGCUCUGCGCCCAGGUCUCGCGGUACCACCCACACCACCCCCAGUGCCACAACUACUGCAAGCGCCAAGGCCACUGGAUAGGCCAGUGCAAGAAGGAGGCCUGCCACUGCUUCUCCUAGGUAUCCCUCAAGUAUCUCUAAAUAGUCCAUAUAAUACAUUUUUUUUUUUUUUGAAAAAUAUUACCCUUUGCAAUGUACUUUUAAAAUGGCUUUAUAAAUAUAUAUCAUCUUUUUUAAAAUAUAAAAUAAUUAUAUUUUUUCAGUAGUGAAAACAGUAUAAAAUAAUAAGUUCAAUGAUUUAAUUUUUAAAAUAUUAUAUUGCCAAAUUAAAUAAUAAAUAAAGGAAACUAUCGAAAUGUUCUUCAAAUUA